AUGACCAAGCUCAAUUUCGCUUUCAUUUUCACGUUUUUUCUUCUACUCUGCAAUGUCUCGGCUGCACCAUCCACCACAUUACCAGCUAAGAUUGUUAGUGGGUUUCUAUCUAAUGCCGUACCUGCAUUCACCAAAUGGGUGUGGUCGCUUAAAACACCCACCAAAACGGCGGUUGGUGGGAAGUCGAUGAUGAAGUUCGAGAGUGGGUACAGUGUGGAAACUGUGUUUGAUGGAAGCAAGCUCGGAAUUGAGCCUUAUGCGGUUGAGGUGUUGCCUAAUGGGGAACUUCUUAUUCUGGAUUCGGCUAAUAGUAACAUUUAUAGGAUUUCUUCCUCGCUUUCCUUGUAUAGCAGACCGAAGCUUGUGGCAGGAUCUGCUGAAGGAUAUUCUGGACAUAUUGAUGGAAGGCUUAGGGAGGCUAGGAUGAAUCACCCUAAGGGUAUAACAGUUGAUAACCGGGGAAAUAUCUAUGUUGCAGAUAUAAUGAACAUGGCAAUUAGAAAGAUUAGUGAGUCAGGGGUCACAACAAUUGCCGGAGGAAAAUGGAGCCGUGGAGGGGGCCAUGUUGAUGGUCCAAGUGAAGAAGCUAAAUUUUCUAAUGAUUUUGAUGUGGUUUAUGUUGGAAGUAGUUGUUCCCUGCUUGUAAUAGACAGGGGGAACCAAGCCAUCAGGGAGAUCCAACUACACUUUGAUGAUUGUGCUUAUCAAUACGAAAAUGGAUUUCCACUUGGAAUUGCAAUGCUUGUUGGGGCUGGCUUCUUUGGUUAUAUGCUUGCAUUAUUACAGCGUAGACUUGGUAGAAUUGUAGCAUCUCAAGAUGCUGAGAGUCCAGCAAUGUCUGGCAUUUCAUCAAGUCCAUAUCAAAAGCCCAUGAAGUCUGGGAGGCCUCCUUUAAUUCCAUCAGAAGAUGAGUCAGAUAAGCAAGAAGAAAGCUUCUUUGGAUCCAUUGGGAAGCUUCUGACCAAUGCUGGGGCAUCAGUAGUGGAAAUAAUGGGAGGGUUAUUUCCUGGCUUUAGGAAAAGACCACAGAGCUAUGAAUUCCAAAGCCAACCGUUGUUCCAGCAACCUCAAAAACAAGUAAAUGCUUGGCCUGUGCAAGAAAGCUUUGUUAUUCCAGAAGAAGAUGAGCCCCCUUCUAUUGACCCAAGAACCCCAACGCCACGGAAAACAUAUCCUUUCAUGUCCAAGGAUGCAGAAAAAAUGCAAAAACUAUUGCAAAGUAGAGCAUUCUAUGGUGGAUGCGAAGGAGAUCUUCAGCAGCAACAACUAAAACAUCAGCAGCAGCAGCAACAAGUUAAACAUUAUCAUCGCCACCAGUAUCAUUCACCACUCCCUCACACUUAUUAUGAGCAAAGCCACGAGGAAACCAAAGAGAUACUAUUUGGGGCAGUUCAAGAGCAGGAUGGGAAGCAGGAAACUGUUGUUAUCAAGCCUGUGGAAUAUGGUAAAUCUCUCUAUGAUCGUCAUUAUAUUCGACCUCGAAACAGUUCUAUGGGUUAUACCAACAGGCACUAA